GGCUCGGUCCGGCUCGGCUCGGCUCCGGUGGGCUCGCUGCACCUGGCCCGACUCGGGCGGGCUCGGCUCGGUCCGGGCUCCCGCGGCGGGGCUGAGGCGGGCGGGCGCCGCCAUGGUGUGAGGGGCGGGGGCGAAGGGGCCGAACCGGAGCCAUGAACCUGCUCCCGGCCAACCCGCACGGCAACGGGCUGCUCUACGCCGGCUUCAACCAGGACCACGGAUGCUUUGCAUGUGGAAUGGAAAAUGGAUUCCGAGUUUAUAAUGCAGAUCCACUCAAAGAAAAAGAGAAACAAGAGUUUCUAGAAGGUGGUGUCGGCCAUGUCGAAAUGUUGUUUCGUUGCAACUAUUUAGCACUUGUAGGUGGAGGAAAAAAACCGAAGUACCCACCCAACAAAGUCAUGAUCUGGGAUGACCUGAAGAAGAAGACUGUCAUUGAGAUAGAGUUUUCCACAGAAGUCAAAGCAGUGAAGCUUCGAAGAGACAGAAUUGUGGUUGUCUUGGACUCCAUGAUUAAAGUUUUCACAUUCACACACAAUCCCCACCAGCUGCACGUCUUUGAAACCUGCUACAACCCUAAAGGUCUCUGUGUCCUUUGUCCAAAUAGUAAUAAUUCUCUUCUUGCAUUUCCUGGAACACACACUGGGCACGUGCAGAUCGUGGACCUGGCUAACACAGAGAAGCCUCCUGUGGACAUCCCAGCUCACGAAGGAGUCUUGAGCUGUAUCGCUUUAAACCUGCAGGGAACAAGAAUUGCAACAGCAUCAGAAAAAGGGACCCUCAUAAGAAUAUUUGAUACUUCAUCAGGGCAUUUAAUCCAGGAGCUGCGUCGAGGAUCGCAAGCAGCCAAUAUAUACUGUAUUAACUUCAACCAGGAUGCUUCCCUCAUCUGCGUCUCCAGUGACCACGGCACAGUCCACAUUUUUGCUGCAGAAGACCCAAAAAGAAAUAAGCAGUCAAGUUUGGCCUCUGCCACCUUUCUCCCCAAAUACUUCAGUUCCAAAUGGAGUUUUUCCAAAUUCCAGGUUCCCUCAGGCUCUCCGUGCAUUUGUGCCUUUGGAACAGAGCCAAAUGCUGUCAUAGCAAUAUGUGCAGAUGGCAGCUACUACAAGUUCUUAUUCAACCAAAAAGGGGAAUGCUCAAGGGAUGUGUACGCUCAGUUCCUAGAAAUGACGGACGACAAGCUUUGACUGAGGGGAGGGGAGUGCACGGCUCAAAGCACCGCCUCAACCACCCCACGCCUUUGAGGGACAGGGUCUGAGUGUCCAGUACUGAUCCAGAAGUUCAGGAGAGCUCAUGGAGAAGCCUGGCUCAACAUGAUCACAAGCAGCUCUGAAGUAGUGGACUACAUAUGUUUGUUCUCAUUUCUGCAAGUAUUCUUCAUUAAAAUCUCUUUGGGUUACUGUCACCAACUCAAGUUUUUAAGAUGUGGCUUUCAACAAGCUUGUGCCUAUUGGGUUUCUCUUUAGUCUAAACUGUGACAUGACUGUAGCUCCAACAAGAGUGCCUGCCACAGGUAGAGCUCUGCAGGGGCUGUCCACACCUUUGGCUGGCCUUAGGAAAAGGGAUGUGAAAGCAGAAGAUUUUAGGCAUUGCUUUACUCCCACUGCAUGGCUGAGAGCAGGGGAACACUUCAGAUCAUGCUUUCUCCAGCAGGAGUCCUGCCUCCCCCUCCCCCUGGCACGGCUCAGGGAACAGAGAAGGUGACAAGUACGGAGCAAGGGACAGCUGUAGAUCAAGUCCUGCUUGUCCUCUGAACUGGUGCCCAGGGCUGGGUGGUGGUGGUGGUGUGGCCCUGCCAGUGCUGCUUCAGGUGAGGGAUCAGCAUCACUUGUCCAAGGUGCCAAACUCUGUGAAGCAGCUGGAGGCACCUUUGGGCAAGUGCUGACCCAACUGCUCUCUCCUGUGCGAGCACAACAAGCACCCAGGGCUCCUGUUGUUGUAGAGCUGAUUCCUUCCAUAAUCCAACAGCCGGUACUGGUGUGACAGCUGUGAAACUGCUGCCAAACUACUGCCAAACUGCUGCAGCUGGGAGGCUGGAGAGGCCAUGUCCAUGUCCAGCACAAGAACUGAACAAGGUGGCAGGAAGUUCCAUGUCUGCAAUGGCUUUAAACUUGCAAACUUGUCUUUUUUUUUUUUCCUUUGAGCUGUCGCAUACUAUUGCUGCUGGCCCAGGGACAGGUAGGUUAGACUGAACCCACUGACUUGUACACUCUUCCCCAAAAAUUGUUAUCCUAUUACUGCUGACCUAAGGCACAAGCUCCUAACCCAGAACCUGAGAUAGCCCCAAGUUUGGCAUCUGUGGCACUAAACACUGGGGCAGGGAGGUCUUGCUCUACUGAAAGCUAAUUUCACAGAUGCUUCAGCCCUGACACUCUGUGACUUCAGCUGCAAACUCUCUAACGUUGACAAGUCCCUUUUAGUGUCAUGUAACCUACUAAGGACUAACUUAUCAUGUUGAUGUCAAGGUUGCAUGUUGCUUUUAUGCGUAUUUAACCACAGGAAUUGUUUUGCACACUUAUUUGUAAUAUGUUAUUUCUUUUAAAUAAAAGUGACUAACUUUGCUG